CGGUUGACCUGGACUACCACCAUCCCGAGACCUCUUUCCCUGAGAAAACCGGCACCUCAUCUGGAGCUUAUCCCCCGCAUAUUCCCAACGGUCGUGUCCGCCUCUUUUUCAACCUUCACUUGAACGAAGCGCCACCCACAACAGUUUACGAAAGUCGAAGGCAUGCCUCCUGCAAAAUCUGCACCUCGCCGCCGCCUCAGGAAAGAUAGGCGCACGAAGGACGCUACGGUGUCCGCCACACGCACCAGCCGGAAGACUAGCAGCACCGUUGAAGCGUAUCCCGUCACCCAUCUACCUGAACGCUCCAAGCCAUGCGUCCUCCCCACACGCGUUGAUAAGUCCGACAUCCUGUCUUUGUCGAAGACCUCUGUGGAGAUCAGUGGCGUCUUCGAGUCGGCGCUCUUCCCUUGCAAUGUAUUCGCCAUUGAGCCCAGCGCGAUGGUCGACAUACUCGACGGUAUCGCGUACUCUCUCUCGAAAAACAGGUGGAUGCUUGGCUAUCCUGCCCUCAAUCUGGCCCCAUCGCGCAGAGCGCGCUCUAUGGCGACCUUCCUCAAUCACCUCACCCGACACUGUUGGCUCGCUCAUGCCCAUCGAAGGAAACCCACUCCCAAUACUCCACGCCAGUGGGUCGCGACCAAGAGCUCGCGCUUGGUCUCGGAUGGAGUCGUCGCCGAAGUGCCCGGGCUCGCACUAGUAGAAGCAGGCGCUGAGGCAUCCUGGGGCGAUGUACUGUGUGACGUGCAGAUGGUUCCGACGGCUGAUCGCAUGGCGGAGGCCAUCGACCGACUCGCGACCGGCGCUACCCACGUGUUCGACGAGCAGCAGGACCGGCUGCACCACGUCGGCCUCGCUAUCGCCGGCGACGCAUUCCAGGUGGCAUACUACGAUCGCGCUGGAUGUGUCCUCUCCGGCGUGCACGGUAUACACGAGAACCCAGACCUCUUCAUCCGCGUCAUCAUGGGUUUGACGCUCGUCGGGAAACCUUACGAUGGCAAGGACACUUCAAUUGUAACCCGGGACGGCCGACGCUUCGUGACCAUAGGUGGCUUCGACUACGAGAUCCUCGAGACGCUUUCCUCCAGUCACGGUGUUUGUGGAUCUGGCACGAUCUGCUGGCGCUGCCGUCGAUCUGGCAGCGACGAGGAUUUCUUUGUCAAGAACACGUGGGCUGAGAAGACACUCGAUCAUACCGAAGGAGACCUGCUCACCAGAGCCAUGGGCGUUGCGAAUAUCCCCAAGCUGGUAUGCGAAGAGCGCGUCCUUCGUCCUGAUGGUCAAGCAUGGACAACAACUUCGGUGCGCUCUCUGGCGGCUGGCCCGGAGCGCUGGUCCAUCGUGAGCAACCUCCCCCAGCUCGAACUACGUCGUCUCGUGAUGCGGCCAUGCGCCGUACCACUGUCGUACUUUUCGUCGAAAGUGGAGCUUGUGAGCAGCCUUCGCGAUGCAGUCGUAGCACACGAAGCGCUAUAUCCGAAAUACGGCAUUCUUCACUGCGACAUCAAGGAGGACAAUAUCAUGUUGCAUGGAAGUCUCCCGCGACGACGCGGCCUUCUCGUCAACUUCGACCGCGCAGACUGUGCAAGCGAAAGUCAUCCGGUGGUCCUGGAACGCCCCAAGAGCUCUAUUCCUUUCACGGCCUGCGACAUGCUCCAAGUUCCCCGCUUCGAAGCACACGGUGUCCGACACGACCUGGAGUCCUUCCUCUAUGUCAUCAUGUUCAUCUGCACCAAGUAUUCCGGCCCAUCGCACUCCCCGCGCAAAGAGUUCGACAUCCGAAGCUCGCCUCUGGGGCCCUGGUUUGACGGCGAUGUCGCGCACAAGGAGAAGGUCAUGUUCCGUUACGAGGACGAUGAGUUCCGCGCGUUCCUCGACAGCAUCUUCGAUCCGUACUUCGACGACCUCAAGGAUAUGGUAUGUAAAGUGCGGAACGCAGUCCUACGACCGCAGGGCUGGGAGCCAUCGCACUCGUGCUUUACAGUCUACCUUGACGAGUAUCUGGAGAAUCACGAAGACGAGCGCGAGGAGGCAGUCGCGAAUUGCGCCACUCGGCCCGUGUCCGCAAAGCCGCCAAGUACGCGGGGAACGAAGCGGCAGCGCUCUUCACCCUCGUCGGAGACAACCAGCGACUCGUAUGUCCCUGCGUCUCCGAAGACCCCGACAGUAUCGCCGCGGUCGUCUGAGACCUCUGGAAGCGAUGGGGCAGCUACGACCACGGCACGGGGACGUCGGGACAGAGGCGUAGCGGGCGGCAAGGACGCUGACGCAGACGCGGAGAAGGUCGAGACUCAGCCGUUGAGGCGCUCGAAGAGGCGAAAGGUGGCAUAGUUACGCCAUCAUCAUUUAAUCUACAUUUUGUAUCAUAGCUCGAAGCAGACCUUGACUACCAUCAUUAUGCUUCAAAUUGAGAAAGAGCCAUCGGCAGUUCUGCGAGGAGGUUUGACUUGUAU